GGGUGUUGUUAUGGAAACAGACCGGAACUUCUUAUUAGCAGGAAGAUAACUUUUGUUCAUUCAGAGUUUAUUUUAAAAAUGCGGGACCGUCUGGCUGAACUGAAAUCUGGGAGGCCCAGCGAUGAGGAAGAUGGCAGCGUCGCGGUUCUUGUGGAUCGAGGCGGCUUUAUGGAGGGCUUUUUCAGAAAGGUAGAGGAGGUCAGGAGCAUCGUUGAUAAGAUCUCCUCGCAGGUGAACGAGGUGAAGAAGAAGCACAGCAUGAUCCUCUCAGCUCCCAACCCUGACGAAAGGACCAAAGAGGAGCUCGAGCAGCUGACGGUCGAAAUCAAGAAAAAUGCCAAUGUGGUGCGGACCAAACUCAAAUCUAUGCAGCAGAGCUUGCCUCCCGAAGACCAAGCCAACCGUGCCUCAGUGGACGAGCGCAUCCAGAGAACGCAGUAUUCAGUCUUGUCUCGGAAGUUUGUGGAGGUCAUGACCGAGUACAACGACACGCAGGUCUCCUUCAGAGAGCGGAGCAAGGGCAGGAUCCAGAGACAGCUGGAGAUCACUGGAAAGAGGACCACCAAUGAGGAACUGGAGGACAUGCUGGAGAGCGGGAACCCCUCCAUUUUUACCUCGGAUAUCAUCUUGGACUCGCAGAUCACGCGGCAGGCGCUGAACGAGAUCGAGUCACGUCACAGAGACAUCAUCCGCCUCGAGUCCAGCAUCAAAGAGCUCCACGACAUGUUCGUGGACAUGGCUAUGCUCGUCGAGACGCAGGGUGAGAUGAUCGACAACAUAGAGAACAACGUGAGGAACGCCGUGGAGUAUGUAGGCAAAGCUAAUGAGGAGGUGAAGAAAGCUGUGAGGUACCAGAAGAGCGCCCGCCGGAAAUACAUCAUUCUGGCUGUGAUCCUGCUGGUGAUAAUCGGUGUCCUCGCGCUAAUCAUCGGCCUUUCCGUGGGCCUGUCGUCUAAAUCGACUAUAACCCCCGCCUCCUCCAUUACUACAUCGACUAAUCCCGCUUAAGCGUGCCUCCAUGUACUAAACCCACUGACCAAUCAGAAAAAUUGUGUACGUUGCCAUUUGCGGAUCGGUGUGCCUUCUUCUACUGCUCAUCAUUAUCGUCGGAGUGUUUGCUAGUUAGCCGCCAAGACUCCAACCAAACUCCAACCAAGUCCAGAGCCUGAACUAAACGCUUUGUAUUUGUAUGAGUUGUUUUGCUACUACUGCGAUUUUUUUCUAAUCUUAUGGCUCGUGUUUGUAGAGUUUCAAAAGUCGAAAAAGAAAUAUUCCACGUUUCUCCAGGAGCUGAGAUUGAGCACUUUUGCUACCGACACUCGUGGCCAGGUUUGAUUCUUCCUCUUCCUAUGAAGAGAUGAAAAUAUAAAGCUUUUCGUGAACUCUGGAUUCCCGAAAAAGGCUACGUUGACGUUUCCUUGUCAUCACCAUAGACCGAUCAGAAUCCGCUCUCAUCUCAUCUCAUCUCAGAAUCUGCUCAUCAUGGGUUAAAAACAACAUUUUGGCCAAAAAUAAAACGGACACAAUGUACACGAAGGUAGUCGAUCAACCAAGACGUAUUUGGUGGCUGAAGAUUACUACGAUCUAAUGAAGCUUAUAGCUGCCAGCUCCAUAUGAGCAUCGGAGAAAGCCCGAUGUUUGAAGGUAUAAUCAUAUACUUCAGCAGAUGAAAAUAUACUGUACUUCCAGGUGUGUCAGUAAGGUGUUGGGCCGCCACAAGCCACCAGAACAGCUUCAGUGCUCCUUGGUAUCGAUUCUUCAAGUCUCCGGAACUCUACAGGAGCGAUGAACACCAGAUCAUGGUGGAGAGCGCCGUUGCUUUCGAACCCGUCGGUCCAAAAUGCUCAAUGGGUCGAGAUCUGAUGAGUGUGAAGGCCAUGGCAUGUGAUUUUAAAUCCUCUUCAAUCCAUUCAGUCAGCCCUCAUGCCUUGUGGAUGUGGGCGGAGUCAUCCUGGAAAAGGUCACACCCAUCAGGAAAGAAACAUCAUUAAAGGGUCAGCGUGAUCGGUCAGAAGAAGUUGAUUUGCUUUCCUUGCCAAGUGGUCAAGUGGAGCCAAACCACUUGGCAAGGAAAAUAAAUAAAUAAAUGCCCCCCCCACAGCAUAACAGAACCCUUGAGUCUGUCAUACAAUUUGUUACAUGAUUUCCCUCCCUAAUAUCUUGCACAGCUGGUGUCUGUAAACUUCCUGGAAAGAUUCUCUGGAAACUUUGUGUAAUUCGCCUCAAAUUUUCUCGAUUUAGUCUUGCACUUGCACUCUGUGCUAAACUUGUACCUGUAACCCUUUCUUUACCUGCUAACUACAUUAGCAAUUUAGCUCCAAAAAAAUAAAAAUAAUGAAGGAAAUUUCAGACACUUAAACCUUUCGGUAAGAUCAUAUUUAGCCAGAACUAUCAGUUUAACACUUUUUUUUGUGUGUGUGUGUGUGUCUUUUUAUACUUAAUGUAGCUUCCUGAAAGAAAAGAAACUUAAGAUACUUAGCUCCUAUAAUAAUUCCCUGUUCAUGGAAACGUAAUUGGUUUGCCUCUUCAUCCUUCAUCAAGUGAAACUCUGGCUAGUUUUGUCAAGCCUUCACUAUUGUGAUUUGUCGCGAAGUCUUGAUCUUGGCGUCCGGUUUACAUCUGCAUCACGCUCAUGAAGCUGAGCCAUAAUUGACUGCUUUGUGCAUCUUCUAUACACUGAAUCCAUGUCACGACCUCUGAACUCUGGAUUCCCCAUAAGGGUUCACGUGUUUACAUUCUGUCCACUGUUCAACGUUUGCCUCUUGCCCUUCACGUGCGAUGUCAUCGACAACAGAUGCGCGCUUCUCGUCGUCGCCGGUUGUCCUCACGUCACGUACGUCAUCUCUUCUGCCUGAGAGUUGCACAGAUGAGUAGCGUUCUUGCUCCGCAGCACUACGAUGUGUAACGUCGCUCGCCGCCUUGUGAGGUCUGACCGAAGAUGGCAGACGCCGAUGCAAUCCCGACAAGUGCACUUAAUACUGUAGCACAGAAUACACACAUCAAGUGCACUUAAUGUUCAGCCAAAUGUUUAAGAAAUAAGCCAGUGAUCUAAAAAAUAAAUGAAUAUACUGCUUAUCAUGUCACUGCCCUUAACGAUGAGAUAAGUCACAGCUCACUUUAAUUAAUGCUGCCGUGUUGUAGCAGGUGUAGGAGAUUUUCGUUUAUUAUCUGUUGUACACGUCAGAUCAGGAGGGAAAAUGGAAAUUUUGGUAAUGUAAUGUCACUGACUGCUGGGUGUUUCAGGGAUGGAAGGCUGAUAUCAGACCUUUUGAACAUGUUUUGUUUGUCAGAAUUUACUGAACGCUCCUAUAACCAUGUAUGUAAAAGUACAUUUCUGUAAUUAAAAUGGAAUUGCGCAAUAUGUGUAUUCGGUUCUUAUAUCAAAAACGAACGUCCA